AUGGAUUACAAAUAUCAGUCUCUGAGUCCAAUACCCGAAAAGCGCCGUGCAGAGUCCUUCGAGUCCGCUUCAACUUUGGAGGGCUUGGAGGACCUAGACAAUUCGAUUGUUAGCACACCAAAUGUCCUCUGUUGCCCGAAUUUGAACAAUUCCAACAGCAUCGCCGCUUCGAAGUGGUUAUGGCUGAUCCAUGGGGUCGUCCUCAUGACCUCAUGCACGAUACUGGCGCUUGCCGUCUCCAUGCGAUCAUCAACCUUGGAGCAUGUACGCCAAUUCUCUGCCUGGUCACCUGCAGAGACUGCAGUACGAUACGAUUCGCUAAUGUACAACAUCACGACCGUGGGAAACAGAUUCGUGGGAGCCGGACCCGAGGUCGAUAAAGCGUGGAGAGAAAUUUCUUACGAUAUGGGAGAUCAAUGGAUGUCCAAGUCCGACAUCUCCAGACUCGGCAUGCCGGAGACGUCGCUGAAGGUCAACCACCCACAAACGGGAGAAGAAGGGUAUCGAGUGGGGAUGGAAGUGUUCCACCAACUUCACUGCCUCAACCUUCUGCGGAAGGUAACUUACAAGGAAUACUAUGAACCGCUUGGAGGCGAGUUCGGAAAGGGAGCAGAGGCCUUGCAACGGCACACAGAGCACUGCAUCGAGGUCCUCCGCCUGAACCUGCAGUGCAACGCAGACAUUGGCAUCUUCACGCUCUAUCUGGUCGAAGGCGACCCUCUCGCAUGGCCCGAGCUCAACUCGAAGCAUGUCUGCAGGAAUUUCGAUAGCGUGCGCCAGUGGGCAUUGGACCACUCUGUGGGAAACAUGGAGGUUCUAAAAUGA